AUGAAGGUGCUGGCGGAGCUAGCGUGCGCCCGAGCACCGACAACCACCACCGGGGACUCAGCACAUCAAAAAUCCGCCCAAUUCGCGAAGACCACUCUGACCAAGAACGCGACCCCGAACCCGAGUCCCGUACCGGUGUCCAAGGACCUCCAGAAAAAGUCCAGGAAUCCUAUCAAGGAGCUGUUCGAGAGGAAGAAAGAGAUGAACGAGAGGAAACAGCAGGAAAAGUCAAAGAACGCAGAGGCGGCGCUCAAAGAGCUGAACAUUCACAGGCAGAGGAAAACAAAGAAGACGAAGAAGCACCAGGAUUUCCCUCUGAUACGACGUAACGAGCACGGAGGCCUGGUCGAGAGGAAGAAACGACGGGAUGGCUUCGAGAGGAAGGAGGAAUUCGCGUCGGACAGGAUCAAGGACAUCUACGAGUUCGACGAGGAGGAGAGCCAGAUGGAGCCGAAUCUAGGUAGCGUGAUGUCCUACAGAAGCAGGCCAGGGUACGAGGUGAGCUGCUUGAGAACCAAGGAGGUGGACGUGGCCGGGUUGAUGUCCAAGGCUAUCGGGGAUACUCUGGAGAACGGGAAGACCACGGAUGCUCUGAGCACCAGGCUCGAGUCCAUGAUCGACAGGAAGUUCAAGGAGCUAGAGAAAUUCGCCCCGAAGACGAAGGGUGCCCUGAAAGCGUUCCAGAGCGAGGACCAGCAGAGGCAGAUCACCGGGCCCAUGGACGAGUUCGUGGAGAGGAAGCCGACGAAAACCUCGAAGAAACUCGCGGAACAAACUUCGACCCCGACAACGAGGCACCCGAAACUGAAGAAGAAGAGCAAGAACUCGAAGAAGAAGGCGAGAAACUCGUGGUACGAGAACGACAGCUCCGACGAGUACAGAACUGCGGUGAAGGCCGAGGACGUCGGCGUGGGGAUCUCCAAGAGUCAGAGAACCUGUUCCAAGGGGAAGCAGAACAUAUUCGCGGAGCUGUACACCUCGUCGGAAAGUGAGUUCGAGGACGAGGACGCGGACUACGAGUCGAAGAGGCAGAGGAAAGUGAAGAAGAACAGCAAGAAGGAGACAGAGCUGGAGAACGUGGAGCAAAGCGAGGAACUCGAGGUAGGCAAGUACACCUCCGACAACGAGGACCAUGCGGAUGACUGGAAGAGCCAGGACUCGAAGAACGACGCCUCGAAGCACGAUUGCGAUAACAAAAAGUCCGAGUCAGAGAUGUCUGACCAUCCUCUGGUCAUCGACGAGAGAAAAGACGUGGACGAGCAGAGGAACAGCGACGAUGAGACUGAGAAUCAAUACGAGAGGAACUUCGAGAUGGACGACCUGUACAGAGAGGACAGUUCGAUCGUUGACUCAGACGUGGAGGACUCGGUCCCCGUGGAACCAGCGAAAGUCCCAGAAGAGGUCACGGUGAAGAGUCCAAGCUUAUCGGAAGAGAAGACCGAUGCUGAGAAGGUGGAUUACAUGCAGGGAAGCGAACUGAUCCCACUGGAGGAGGCUUUAGAUCUUCUAGACCAGGCUGACAACGAGAACUCCCUAGGAGCGAAAUACGGUGAGGUAAAAAAACCCGACAACUGUCGUGUUAACCCAGUCGUGACGGUAGAGCCUGAAAACGAAACGUUCAAUCCUGUCGAGGAUGCUGAUCUACUUGGCAAAGCGGCCAAGUCUCCCGCUCCCAUAGAAGAGCAAGAAGAAGAACCUGAUAACGAUCUUCUGGCCUUGCCGGAAAAAUUGUCGAGCAACGAGAAACCGCAAAAGGAAUCGGAAAAUCUACCACUGCACGUGUUCCUAAGUAGGAAGGUGCAGGAGUCGAAAAAGAGAAAAGAACAGCAGCUGAAGAAGAUGCAGGAGGAACAGGAGAGGAUACUGCUGAACUUCCAGCCGACCAGGAGACAGAGGAAGUGCGCUAUCGGAAAGCAGGGAUUAUUAGCGGAGAUUAGCAGCUCGGACGAGGAGAUAUCUCCGAGAGACAGGAAAGUGAACGACAAACCGGAGCACGACAAGCCGAGGAAACAAAAGAGGGAAUCGAAGGAAAAGAGGAAAGAGAGGUAUAUAGAGAAGAAGCACGAGCAGAUGAUAGCCAAGGAGCAAAAGGCCAUCGAGGAGGAAAUCCUCAGGGAGGUUGGAAAGAAAAAGGAGUCCCUUGCGCAGAACAACACCGACGUACAGAAUAUUACGGACAUCAAUGGUACGAAGAAACCGACGGAGGAGGACACCGAGUCCGCGGAGAACAAGGUGCCGCAAGAGCCGGCGCAAAAGAAGAAACAUCAGACGAAAGAGAAACAAAAGAAGCAGACCAAGACGGACGAAGAAGACCCGUAUGCCAAGAACAACCACGAAGUACUGAGUGAUCUGGAGAACAACUGCAACAAGCCCCCAUUGACAGAAACCAAUCACGAGAUCACCGAGAAUAAUCAGGAAUCGCCUGCGAAGCAGAAGAAACACUUUAAAUCACCGACGAAGCCGAAGAAGACUCCGAAAUCAGACCAAAAAGUCAUACCAGUGAGGAAGAGCAAAAACUCGAACGUCGACAGGAAAACCAAGACGGACUCCAAGGGGGCAAAAGAUAAAGAACGAAGGUCGUCUAGUGGCAAACGAGAUUCCGACGACGAGGAACUGAAGACGACCAAAUCUUGGAACAAGGUCGAAGAGGGAGUUGGAGUGGCCAUCGGUCGACGGAAGCGAGCAGCUGCCAAUCAGCUGUACUACUGGUCCAGCUCCAGUGACGAAGAAGAAAUGCUGGAAAUGGUUCCCGCGAUCGAGGAGGAGGAGGACGACCGCCAGGAGCAACACGGUUGGAUCGUCGGCGACUCGCACAAGAGGAUGAUCACGAUGCUCGCCAUGGAGAAGCAGUUGAAGGAGAAACGGCGAAGGAGCGAGGACGAGUUCGAGCCUGGUCGAGCGAAGAGCAAAAAGCACAGGAACAGCACCUCUUGA